AUGACCAGCAAGUCAGAAGAAUCUUACAGGCAACUUUUUCAAGAACUUAUAGAUUUUGGUGAAAUGCAUGGUAUAAAUUUAAGUCCUCAAGUUGUCCUAACUGAUUUUGAAAUGGCUGUUGUAAAUUCUGUUCAAUCAGAAUUUGAUAAUGUUCUACAUAAAGGGUGUCACUUCCACCUCUCUCAAUGUAUUUACCGUAGAGUCCAAUCUCUUGGACUUACUACAAGAUAUGGUACAGAUGAAGAUUUUAGCUUAUUAAUAAGAUGUAUUUCUGCCCUUGCAUUUUUGCCCCCUGAAGAAAUACCAUCAGCAUUUGAUGAAUUAAAAUUACAUAUUCCACCUGAAGCUAGUCGUAUUGUUCAGUGGUUUGAAGAAACAUAUGUUUAUGGUAGAGUUAGACAUGUAUAUAGAAAUGGAAAUAUUAGUAGAUCUGAACCACUAUUUCCUCCUACCUUUUGGUCAGUAACAAACAACAUCGAAUCUGCCUAUCCCAGAACCCAGAACUCAGUAGAAGGAUGGCACAGAAGGUGGGAUACAUUGGUAGGUUGUGCGCAUGCAGGGAUUUUCAAAAUUAUAAAGGAGAUUCAAAAGGAGCAGAAUAAAGUUGAACAUGAAAUUGAAGCAGUAAUACGGGGUGCUCCAAGGCCACCACAAAGAAGGCAUACUAUUGAAUGUGAAUGCCGUAUACAAACAGUUUUUAAUGAUCGGGAUAAUAGGUCUUUAAUGGAAUAUCUUCGUGGAAUUGCCCACAAUAUCGCUUUUUAA